CACAAUCCCGUCAGAAUUCGUCUCUCACGGUCUCACGUCUGUUCUCUAUUCGACUGCUUAAUUAGGUCGAGCCGCCUCCGCCGUCUUUGGGCCCUUCACCGGCGCCGCCCCCGGCCGCCGGCUCUCCUGGCCACUGCUGUUUUCGUUCUCCGAGUCUCCGACGUCUUCUCGCAACCACUACCGUCCUUGGAUUCUCGCGGCAGAUUCAUCCCCUCGCCCGCUCCUGUGAAUCUCCCGUGCUGUACAAGAGAUGGAGGAGGAAACUUCUGUGGCCGAUGAUGUGGGCCCUAGUUAUCCUGCAAACCUGCCAAUUACGGACAUUCUUGCUGAAUUUCGUGACAUCCCCUUCUACACGAAUAAAUGCAAGUAUCCCUGGGAGGAAGAUGAGGAGGAGAUUAAGGCGAAUGAGUACGAUGGAAUAGAUUAUAAUAAAAUGUCGGGCAAACCGUGGUCACCCAUGCCACAUACUAGAUCGAGAAAGGGAAGGAGGCGAAGAGGAAUCAAUGCUGCUGAUCACUAACAAUGGGAAUGGCAUGACAACAUGGCAUCUACUUUGGAUGUGAGUCUCGAGGAGAAGGUGGAUUCACCGCAGCCGCUCUUCACCAGUGACGAAGUUCUUCGUGUUCGUUUGGACAUGUACCAUCUGAAUGAGUCUCAAAAUUCCGAAGAGGGCCUCUUCAAUUGCCAGGCAGCCAAGGAGGAGCUACGUGUCGACUUCACUCUUACCAGGACAUACUUCUAUCAUGCCAUCCGUGAUGGCAUCAAAGCAAAGUCCUAUCCGCACUUCUUCCACCAAUUUACUGGGGAGUAUUCCUCUCCAUGUUGUAAUUAUAUUGAACCUACCACCCUGGAUGGUGAUUUGCAAUACAUUGAGUUUUUUGACAAGCUCAUGGAGUCAGCGAGGUAUAGAGAGACCAGGCAUGGGGUGCUUGCUAAGGCUAUCGUCAUGGCAAAUAAACAUUUCAAUAAAAUGCUAUUUUUCCAAAUUAAGAUUGCUGUCGAUGAGUGCUUAAAACUCAUGGAGCAUCUGGAGAAGAUGGGGCAGAGGCAUGAGUUGUAUUACUAUGUUGUGCAUGAAGUUCUCAUUGAAAGAAAGGACCGUCAAGCUAUUAUCGAUCAAAUCCGGGAAGGAAAAGUUCAAUUGGUCUACGAUCUUACUGAGUUUGGUGGUCUAGAUUUGGAGGAUUGUGAAUCUACUGUACAAGAUACGGUUGAUCAUCUUAUUGAUCUUACUGGUGCUAAGUCACCUCCAAAGAAAAGCAUCAAGGACGGUACCUACAAAAGGAUUAUCUGUAACGAGGUCGAUAAGCUGUUUCCAAGUGAUAUUGAGCUUUAUACACAUUUUCUCAAGAAGAAGAUGGAAACCGCCGAAGAACACAACGUGAUACCCAAGGGAACCUGCGAACAUCUUGGCGGUUUAUGUUCCUUUGACUCGAGAGAUAAGAAACUAGGGAUAACUAAGUGUAUCACCUGCUAUUGCUCAGUAAAAGGCUUCGCUUAUCCGACUGCUGAACGGGCGCAAAGAAGGAUAUAGAGGUGAUUAGCCGAGUUCUUGGACCUUGACAUUGGGGCAAGCUGAUGAUUUGGUUGUUUGAGGCGAGGACAUUUCAAUCUAUUAAGAAUUGGGCCAGUGGCUUAGAACACUUCUAUUUAUGUAGUUUCCUGCCACUAAAAGGCUGUAUUAAUUGUUGCAUUGUGUACUGCACCUUCUGACUCAAGGAAUUUUGGCACCUUGAAGAUAUUAUGAAAUAUAUGUCGUCUGAA